AGCUGUUUGAUUCAUUCACUGUGUUAAGCUAUAUAGGUGCUUAUGCGAAUCGCACUGCACCAGCAUCAACACACAGCCAUUUUUAAAACCGAGAAAGCCUAGGAACAAGUAAAGCGAAAGUAAAUAGAACGAAUUAGAGGUUCGUUUGAUAGGAGUGAAUAAUUUUGUCAAUGUUUCGUUUAUCAUGGAAAAUUGACGACUAAGAUCCCGCGAAGGCUUCCAUGGCGAAAGCAUUUACUUACAGCCGCUUGCCAGAGCAUCAGGUCGCAAUUUAUUACGACGGAGGAGACAGAACAGGCGAUAGAUCCAGACCAUCAGAGUGGAGUAUCUUGGAGUGUUUCAUCUCGUUAUCUUCCGCUCUUCUACUUCUUUUGACCUUUCCGAUUUCUGUAUUUUUUUGUCUGAAGGUAAUCAGGGACUAUGAAAGAGCAGUUGUCUUCAGACUUGGGAAGCUGUUGCCCCCAUUUUCUACAGGAGUAGUGUUCAUUAAUCCUUGUAUUGAUGUGUGGACAAGGGUGGACACAAGAGCUCGGGCAUUCAGUGUUCCACCCCAACAGAUUCACACUAGUGAUGGUGGCUAUGCAUCGGUUGGAGCUGAUGUACAGUUCAGCAUCAAGGACGUAGUUUUAUCCAGAACAUCUGUUCAGGAUUUAAACCACUCUUUGCGUAUGCUGGCUCAAACAGCACUUGUAAACUGUUUGGGUUCAAGGAAGCUUAUUGAAGUUCAGCAUGAUAGAAAGUUCAUCAACAAACAAGUCCAGGAAAUGGUCAAUGCAUCUGCUGCAUCUUGGGGUGUAAAUAUAACAAGAUUUGAAAUGUCAGAGGUCAGUGUGUUAAAGGAAGCAGAUGAGGUUGUUGGUGCACUUUCAGCUUUAUUUGGUGGAGGAUCCCAGAGUAUGAAGCUUAGUAAUAUGACUUUUGGUGAUCCUGGGAUGGCCAGUAUGUUUUCAGCCUUUGGAGGUAGCAGUACCCAAAGUGGACCCACUCUCCCUACCCCCAUGGCUUUAUCAGCUGACCCAUCACAGUCUUCUAACAGAGAGCCUGGGUCCAAUCUUCUUACUCCUGAGCAGCUUGUUAAGUUGGUCAGUGGUGUUCUAAGUGAGAAACUUGUACAGGAAAUUGGUGGCAUGUUUCAAUUCAACAUUGAUGGUGAAAAUGGAGGAACGUGGUAUUUAGAUCUAAGGAGUGGACAUGGAAAAAUAUAUACCGAGAAUCCGGGCGAUAACCCCAAUGUGGUGCUCACCAUGAGGGUGCAGGAUAUGCAGCAGAUAUUUUAUGGACAGACAACAGCUUUUGAUGCUUACAUGCAAGGCUCUUUGAAAGUUGAUGGUGAUUUAAGGAUGGCCAUGAGUUUGGAGGCUAUUGUUAAAAUGCUCAAGGAAAAACCAGUUGUUCCUGAAAAACCAGUUUUGCAAGGAAAUGGAGUAUAUGUGGUUUAAACGCUGAAUUAUUUUUUAUUUACUGAAAGUGCCCCUGUUCGUUUUAAAGCCUUCCAUUCAUUUUUUUUUUCAUUGCUUGGGAAGAGUUCAUGUUGCCUGACUUUGACUUGUAUAUUGACUUGUAUAUUUGACUUUACUCAAUAGUUGCUAUUGGAAACCACUGACCAAUCAUAAUUGAUCUAAUAGCUCUUUUCCAGUCCCUCUGAACUUUGAGGAUAGGCAAACUCACCUGUGUCUUAAUUGAAUAAAAUGUUUGUCUUUAUCGAUUCA